AUGACGUCCAAAAUGGUGGUCACGCAACCUGGGCCCAUUAUGGUCCACCAGGAAUCUAGCGAGUGGGGGAGUGGAAUAUGUGACUGUUGUCACGACAUUCCAAUGUGUUGUUUCGCCUUCUGGUGCUUCCCCUGCUUUACCUGCAUAAAGGCAAGGGACUAUGGUGAGUGCCUCUGUCUCCCCCUGGUGGACUUCUUCCUGAGAGGAUGUGUCCCGGCCAUCACCAUAUCCAUGAGGGCGUCCAUGAGACAACGCUACGGAAUCAGAGGCACCAUGUUUGACGACUGCGUGUGCGCCACCUUCUGUCAGCCGUGCGUCUGGUGCCAGAUGGCCCGAGAGAUGAAUGAACGGGAAAUCCCGAUUGUUCUGGUUAACACGUUUAGGAAAACGUACACAUGAGACAUCUUUUGCAUCAUUAUCUUGACGUAGAUCGGUAGC